UCUAAGCUUGUCCGGGGCAGACUUCAUCUCAAAUGAAUCCUGAUGGUUCAGAGACUGGGGAGCCUGGCCAAACGUCUGCUUCCUAAAGGCAGUCUGCAUGGGAGUGGUAGGGGAUUAGACAAAGUCCAGAGAAAGCCCGCAGAGACUCGAGCGUGUGCUGCGGGACGCUUGUGUCCGCGCCUGCUGGUGGAGCAGGUUCCGGCACCUCCCCAGCCUCGAUGGACUGCAAAGAGAGCGAGGACCCAUAUGAGCACAGGAAAUGCACCCCAUGUAGAAACUGCAUGCCUGGGCAGGAGCUUUCCAAGGAAUGUGGUGAUGGUACAGGGGGGGAUGCACAGUGCGUUCCUUGCCCACCCAGGAAGUUUAAGGAUAGCUGGGGCCAUCACAGCUGCAAGCCCUGCCUGUCUUGCGCUCUCAUCAACCGCAUCCAGAAGUCCAACUGCACAGCGACGACCAACGCGGUCUGUGGGGAGUGCCUGCCGGGGUUUUACCGCAAGGCACGGAUCAGCGGGCAGCUGGGCUGGGAGUGUAUCCCGUGCACCAAGCAGACGCCCUCCUCUGAGCCCCAGUGUCGAUCCAGAACAAACCUGGUGAAAGUAGCAGUCCCCACGGUACCUCCACAGGACACAGCCCUUCUCGCACUGACCAGCAGUGCCCUAGUCAUCAUUGUGCUGGUGCUUCUGGCCCUCUCCAUCAUCUACUGCAAGCGGUUCUGGAAGAGCCAGUGCCAGCGAGUCUUCCUGAGGACUCAGAAUUUCUCAGGCCAGCGAGCGAUGUUCCCCACGUCGGCUGCACCUGGCAGGUUUCUGUGUGAAGAGCAGAUGUCUGGUCCCUGCUGCCUGGGCGUGAAGAACCUGAGCCCCUGCUACAGGCAGGCGGAAGGGCCGGUGGAAGCGGUUCAGUUCAUUUCAGAGGGAGAAGCCAUCAGCCUCCAGCUGCCGCCCACGCAGCCGGAGCUGGAGCUGCCGUCGGCUGUGGCGGUCAGCCCUGCCUCCAAAGGCCAGCUGGUGAGGAGCGUCCUGGAGAGCCAGCCCCUGGUCAGGAGCUCGGGCUGCAGCGACCGCCUGGCCACUGCCGUGGCCCCCUCCGACCUCAGGCCAGGCCAGCGGGGAGUGGUGGAGGCGCUGGCCCCUCUCUCCUCCUGUGCCUCCGAGAUGCAGCACAAGUGGCCCCAUGCCCCAGUGGAGUGCACUGAGCUCGACCUGCAGAAGUUCUCCUCCCAGGUGGAGUUUGUGGGCAGCGAGAGGUCGGAGGAGGUGGGGAGCCAGGCAGUGCGAGGAGUCUCCAGGGAGGGGGGCAGCGCGGUGCUGGAGGCUGGGAGCAGCCUUGUGGUGGAUCCAGCGAGGGGCCUGUCCCCCACCGUCCAGAAGCCCACUGCUGAGAGCGGCGAGCGGCCGGUGAAUGAUUCCCAGAGCCUCGUGACUCAGAUCAGUAACACGAUGAAGGGUCUCCCUGUUGCAGAGCUGCCCCAUUCCUUGGUGCAGUCACUUGCCUUUUUGUUAGACCCGUCCUUGAACGGUGUGAAGAACUUCAGCCACGUGGCACUGGAGCUGGGGGUUGCACCCCAGUUGCUGGGACGGAUAUCUGGAUUUGAGCAGCUCGUCGCUCACCUCACAUACUCAGGAGACUCGGUCACAAUCCCUCAUCUGGCCCAGGCUCUGCAGCAACUGCAGCGGUUUGACGCCUUGCUCCUGCUGUGUGACCACUUUGCUCUCAGCCAGAUUCAGGGCCACCAGUGCUAGGAUGAGAUGGAAGGGACGGAGGAAACUUCAAGCAUUGUGUGUACUGGUACGGGAGAGGAUCUGGUAGCCCUGUGGUCACACAAUUUCUCUAAGAUUCAUGUGGGGAGUAUGUGGAGAUGGUCUUUGCAUUGUGGAAUAGAAGCACAUGAGGAGGAGUCUCCCUCCUUGGAGAAGAGUGGAGGAGCUGGGGAGGUGACAGUACUGUGUAUCCUCACAGCUGUCACUCCUGCCCCUUUGGGGCAGGUUGUGCUCAGCACCUCUGAGUUCAUCUUUCUUCAUCUUUACUUACACCCAUGUCCAGCAGCAGAGUGGUGUCGCAAUCGCUGUGCUGCCUGUCUGUGUAAUAAGCCCUGUCCUUUGCGAGUUGCUGGCGUUGGGAUGAAUUCUGUGAGGUCCCUGG